GUGUCUAAAAACUUGAGUUCUAUGCCAAAUCGGAAAAUAAAAAAUCGCGUUCGGUUUUUGCUUGUGGCUUGUGGCAAAAAAAAAAUAGCUGGAGAGAUAAACGUUUUGCGAGAUUUGUAGAUGUAGUUUAAGUUUCUUCUAUAAUUGCAGUUUAUCAUUACAUUUUUUCUUCUGCAAGAGUACAACUUUUGUGGAAGACGAGUAAGAUCUCAUCAUGGGUGACUCACUAGAGUCAACAGAUGCAACUUCCGAAGCUGCACAAAAUGUAGCAGUUGUAAACUUCACAGACUUUACUAACUUCAUAUUGAAAGCAGCUACAAUCCUUCUACCAGAAGAUGACACACAAUCUGAGCCUGCUAGCUUGGUUGCAGCCUUGGAUGAUAAAAACAACCAAGAAUGCAUUAAGAAAUUCAUCUCAGAUCCUCAGGUGUCUACUUUGUAUAUACAGAGGAACUGCUCUAAAGAUGAUGACACUGAUCAACCACCCGAAGGUGAAGAAGAAAAAGAGCCUAUCACAUAUUAUGUCAGCAAUGAGGUUCACUAUUCAAGCCCUAGAAUGUCAAGUUUAGUCUGCAUCAAAAGAGGACAUGUAGUAGAAGCUGAUAAAUCUAUAAAGUCACAAGUGAGACUGAUAAACUUGAGUGAGGGCAGUCCAUAUGAGACUUUACAUGACUACAUCAGUAGAACAGUUGCACCUUUUUUCAAAUCUUAUGUCAAAGAAUCGGGACGUGCAGACAGGGAUGGUGAUAAGAUGGCGCCAGCAGUUGAAAAGACAAUUGCAGAACUUGAAAUGGGUUUGAUGCACCUCCAACAAAAUAUAGACAUUCCUGAGAUAACUCUUCAAAUCCAUCCUUAUGUUGCUAACUUGAUCAAGCAAUGUGCUGAUGAAGGAAGAAAGCCAAAAGUUUCCGACUUUGCUGACAAAGUGGAGGACUCGAAUUUUUUAAAUCAACUCCAACAUGGUGUUAAUAGAUGGAUUAAAGAAAUUCAGAAGGUCACGAAACUGGAUAGGGAUCCUUCCUCAGGAACUGCCCUCCAAGAAAUCAGCUUUUGGUUGAAUUUAGAGCGGGCUCUUUACAGAAUUCAAGAAAAAAGGGAAAGCCUGGAGGUUGCAUUGACCCUUGAUAUUCUAAAGCAUGGUAAACGUUUUCAUGCCACAGUAUCUUUUGAUACUGACACUGGAUUGAAACAAGCAAUAGCAACAGUGAAUGAUUAUAACCCACUGAUGAAGGAUUUUCCUAUCAAUGAUUUACUUUCUGCAACAGAACUUGAAAGAAUAAGGGCAGCGGUUCAGUUGAUUUUUGCACAUUUGAGGAAAGUUAGGUCUACAAAAUAUCCCAUACAGAGAUGUCUGAGACUUGUUGAAGCAAUUUCAAGAGAUUUAGGAGCUCAACUUCUGAAGGUAUUGGGUACGAGACGGCUUAUGCACAUUGGUUUUGAAGAAUUUGAAAAAGUUAUGAUUCAGUGCUUCGAGAUUUUCUCUGUUUGGGAGGAUGAGUAUGAGAAAUUGCAGGCACUGCUCAGAGAUAUAAUGAAGAAAAAACGAGACGAGCACAUUAAGAUGGUCUGGAGAAUAUCUCCUCAACAUAAGAAACUACAAAAUCGUAUGGAUCAGAUGAGAAAAUUCAGAAGACAACAUGAGCAGCUGAGGAAUGUUAUAGUGCGAGUGUUAAGGCCAUCUAUUAGAGAAACAGCUGUUCAAUCUUUGGAAAGUGGCAUUGAAAGCAUUGAAGCUCCUAAGCCGAACUUUUCACUUGAUGCGGCCGAUGCUAAUGCUAUUGAGGAAGUUAAUUUGGCAUAUGAGAAUGUUAAGGAAGUUGACUGCCUGGAUAUCUCCAAAGAAGGGCAAGAUGCUUGGGACGCUGCCACUAAACGUUAUGAGGAACGUAUAGACAGAGUGGAAGCUAGAAUUACAGCUCAUCUCAGAGAUCAACUAGGAACAGCAAAAAAUGCUAAUGAGAUGUUUAGAAUAUUCUCGCGUUUUAACGCUCUCUUUGUGAGACCACAUAUAAGAGGAGCUAUUAGAGAAUAUCAGACUCAUUUAAUACAACGGGUCAAAGACGAUAUUGAAGCUUUGCAUGAAAAAUUCAAGGUUCAAUAUCCACAGAGCAAUAGUGCAAAAAUCAGCAAAUUGAGAGAUUUGCCCCCAGUAGCCGGGUCUAUAAUUUGGGCUAAGCAAAUUGACCGACAGUUGACUACGUACUUGAGGAGAGUUGAAGACGUCUUAGGUAAAGGCUGGGAGAAUCAUAUUGAAGGACAAAAACUAAAAGCUGAUGGGGACAGUUUCCGUCUCAAGUUGAAUACCCAAGAAAUUUUUGACGAUUGGGCGAGGAAUGUUCAACAGAGAAACCUUGGUGUUUCCGGGAGAAUCCUCACUAUAGAAGCUGUGAGAUCUCGAAGUGGAAGAGGCAAUGUUCUAAAAUUGAAGGUCAACUUUCUUCCAGAAAUCAUUACUUUGGCUAAAGAGGUCAGAAACUUGAAAUGUCUAGGAUUUAGAGUGCCAUUGGCUAUUGUUAAUAAAGCCCAUCAAGCUAAUCAGCUAUAUCCAUUUGCUAUAUCCCUAAUUGAAAGUGUGAGAACAUAUGAGAUGACACUAGAAAAGCUGACAAACAGGACUACUCAUACUGGUGGAGUGAAGAUUGAGGAUAAGGCUUCAAUUAUCCCUCUAGUAGCUGGAAUGAGGAAGGAAGUUCAACAGUUGAUAGCAGAAGGGAUACAACUGGUUUGGGAGAGCUACAAACUUGAUCCUUAUGUCCAGAGGCUGUCCGAUACGGUUGUCAGUUUCCAAGAAAGAGUCGAAGAGUUGGUUAUUGUUGGUGAACAACUUGAAGUUGAUGUUAAAAGUCUGGAAACAUGUCCUUACUCUGCAAAUACCUUUGCUGAUAUUUUGUCUAAAAUACAGCAUGCUGUAGACGAUCUUUCCUUGAAACAGUACUCUAAUCUACACAUCUGGGUCUCCAGGCUAGAUGAAGAGGUUGAAAAGAAUUUAGCAAGACGGCUUCAAGCGGGCGUAGAAGCAUGGACUGACGCUCUCAAUGGUACCAAAAAGGAAGUAGACCAUUCUAUGGACACAGAUGCCCCUGAUAAACCCACUCACCGAUUGGGAGGUGAACCUCAUAUUCAAACUGUAAUACAUGAAGUCAGGAUCACGAAUCAAACUAUGUAUUUGUACCCUAGCAUUGAAGAAGCAAGAUUCCAGAUUAUGCAACAGCUAUUUGCCUGGCAAGCCAUAGUUACUUCACAACAGAGACUACAAAGUAGUAGAUACCAAGUAGGGGUUGACAAACCUGUUACUGAAACAUAUAGAAAUAUUUUGACAAAGUUACCAGGCGGUUCUGCACCUUUAAUCAAUGCAUACGGCGCUAUUUCAUCGAAAACUGCAGAGGUUCAAAACUAUGUCAAUGAAUGGUUAACAUACCAAGCCCUUUGGGACUUGCAAGCUGAAAAUCUUUAUGGUAAACUCGGGGAUGACAUCAGCAAAUGGAUGGAGUGCUUAAACGAUAUCAAGAAAACUCGAGCAACCUUCGACACUUCUGAUACUCGUCGGGAAUUUGGACCGAUAGUCAUAGACUUCGCUAAGGUCCAAAGCAAAGUGUCCCUGAAGUAUGACUCUUGGCAUAAGGAUACACUUAGCAAGUUUGGUACCUUACUGAGCAAUGAAAUGACUGGUUUCCAUGCGAAUGUUUCAAAAUCUAGAUCAGAUUUGGAACUCCAGAGCAUUGAAGCAGCUAGUACUUCAGAUGCAGUUAGCUUUAUAACUUAUGUGCAACAGUUGAAGAGAAAUAUGAAGGCUUGGGAAAAGCAGGUCGACAUUUAUAAAGAAGGUCAGAGAAUUUUAGAAAGACAGAGAUUCCAGUUUCCCACCAAUUGGCUUCACGUCGAAAACCUUGAAGGGGAAUGGGGCGCCUUUAAUGAAAUAAUAAAGAGAAAAGAUUCUAGUAUCCAGUCCCAAGUUGCCAGUCUUCAGCAAAAAAUUGUUUCUGAAGAUAAAGCCGUUGAAUCCAGAACUCACGAUUUCCUUACAGAUUGGGAAAGAAGCAAACCAGUUGAAGGUCACCUCCGACCUGAUGAUGCUCUAUCUCAGCUACAGUUGUUCGAAAGUAAGUUUGCAAGGUUGAAAGAAGAACGAGAUAAUGUUGCAAAGGCCAAGGAAGCUUUGGAGUUGCAAGAUCCUGGUGGUGUUAGCACUAACGAGGACAGAAUGCAGGUCGUAUAUGAAGAACUUCAAGAUUUGAGAGGAGUGUGGUCGGAACUGUCCCGUGUCUGGCAACAAAUCGACGAAAUCCGGGAAAAACCAUGGUUGUCUGUCCAACCGAGAAAACUACGCCAACAGUUAGAUGCUAUGUCAGCUCAGUUGAAGGAGUUGCCAGCUAGAUUGAGGCAAUAUGCUAGCUAUGAAUAUGUGAAGAAAACUCUUCAGACUUACACUAAGGUCAACAUGUUGAUUGUGGAACUGAAAUCUGAUGCUUUGAAAGAACGGCAUUGGAAACAACUUAUGAAGCAACUAAGGGUUAACUGGGUGUUAUCUGAUUUGACUUUAGGUCAAGUAUGGGAUGUCAACCUGCAGAAAAACGAAUCAAUAGUCAAAGACAUCAUCCUUAUUGCCCAAGGAGAAAUGGCUCUGGAAGAAUUUUUAAAACAAGUCAGAGAAUCUUGGCAUACCUACGAACUUGAUUUGAUAAACUACCAGAAUAAAUGUAAAUUGAUCAGAGGAUGGGAUGACCUGUUCAACAAAGUCAAAGAGCAUAUAAAUUCAGUGGCUGCUAUGAAACUGUCUCCUUAUUACAAAGUCUUUGAAGAAGAAGCGCUGACUUGGGAGGAGAAAUUAAACAGGAUUAAUGCUCUGUUUGAUGUUUGGAUUGAUGUGCAGAGACGUUGGGUAUAUUUAGAGGGCAUUUUCUCUGGUAGUGCUGAUAUAAAGACACUAUUACCGGUAGAGACUUCUAGAUUCCAGAGCAUAAGCUCCGAAUUUCUGGGUCUGAUGAAAAAAGUGAGCAAGAGUCCAAUGGUAAUGGACGUUUUGAAUAUACCUGGAGUACAAAGAGCUUUAGAAAGACUGGCUGACCUGUUGGGAAAGAUCCAAAAGGCGCUUGGAGAAUAUCUGGAAAGAGAGAGGACAAGCUUCCCGAGGUUCUACUUUGUUGGUGAUGAAGAUCUGCUUGAAAUUAUUGGUAAUAGCAAAAAUGUGGCCCGUCUUCAAAAACACUUCAAGAAAAUGUUUGCUGGUGUAGCCUCGAUUUUACUCAACGAGGAUAACACUAUUAUUACCGGAAUAGCUUCUCGCGAAGGCGAAGAAGUUGUAUUUUUAAAUCCUGUUUCGACAGUUGAACAUCCCAAAAUCAACGAGUGGCUAACAUUGGUAGAGAAAGAAAUGAGAGUUACUUUGGCGAGCAACUUAACUCAAGCUGUUCAGGAUAUAAAACAAUUCAAGGAUGGAAUCGAUCCUAAAUUAUACAUGGAAUGGGUUGAUAAAUAUCAAGCUCAAAUCGUUGUUUUGGCAGCUCAGAUCUUUUGGUCAGAAGACGUAGAAGCGGCUUUGGUAAAAAUGAAUGGAGAAUCUCAGAAGGGGCCAUUAGAAAAGGUCUUGCAGCAAGUGGAGAACACUCUUAAUGUUCUAGCAGAUUCUGUGUUACAAGAGCAACCUCAGUUGAGAAGGAAGAAGCUGGAACAUCUCAUUAACGAGUUUGUUCACAAAAGAACAGUUACAAGAAAGUUGAUACAAAGUGGAGUUUCCAGCAACAAAGCCUUUGAGUGGUUGUGCCAAAUGAGAUUUUACUUUGAUCCAAGACAGACGGAGGUGCUGAAACAGCUAACUAUUCACAUGGCAAAUGCUCGAUUUUACUAUGGCUUUGAAUAUCUCGGUGUACAAGACAGGCUUGUUCAAACUCCUCUCACUGAUAGGUGCUAUUUGACCAUGACACAAGCAUUGGAAGCCAAACUGGGAGGAUCCCCAUUUGGCCCUGCUGGUACUGGUAAGACUGAAUCGGUUAAGGCACUUGGUAACCAACUAGGUCGCUUUGUCCUUGUUUUCAACUGUGAUGAGACAUUUGACUUCCAAGCAAUGGGUCGUAUAUUUGUCGGGUUGUGUCAAGUUGGAGCAUGGGGAUGUUUUGAUGAAUUCAACAGGUUGGAGGAGCGAAUGUUGUCUGCAGUAUCUCAACAGAUCCAAACAAUACAAGAAGCUCUAAAAAGUCAAAGAGAAUCUGCUGAUGGCGGUGGAGAUUCAGAGCCAGCAAGUGGAAGUAUAAGCGUUGAACUUGUUGGAAAGCAAGUCAGAGUCUCAUCGGACAUGGCUAUUUUCAUCACCAUGAAUCCUGGAUAUGCCGGUAGAUCUAACCUACCCGACAAUCUCAAGAAACUCUUCAGAUCAUUGGCUAUGACGACACCUGACAGACAGCUUAUUGCUGAAGUUAUGUUGUUCUCGCAAGGUUUCAGACAGGCUGAGAAGCUAGCAUCAAAAAUUGUUCCAUUUUUCAGAUUAUGUGAUGAACAACUUUCGAACCAGUCGCACUACGAUUUCGGACUUAGAGCCUUGAAGUCAGUACUCAUUUCCGCUGGUAACGUGAAACGAGACAGAAUUCAAAGAAUAAAGGAGAACAAAAAACAAAGAGGUGACUCCAAUAUCGACGAAGCAAGUAUCGCAGAGAAUCUUCCAGAACAAGAGAUUUUGAUUCAGUCGGUUUGUGAAACCAUGGUGCCGAAACUUGUUGCCGAAGAUAUACCUUUAUUGUUCAGCCUUCUAAAUGACGUAUUCCCGAAUGUGCAAUAUACUAGAGCAGAAAUGAAAGGUUUGAAAGACGAAAUAAGGAAAGUUUGUGCAGAGGAGUAUCUUGUAUGUGGUGAAGGUGAUGAACAAGGUGCAGCCUGGAUGGAAAAGAGGGAUACUUGGGUAGAAAAGGUGCUGCAAUUGUACCAAAUUUCCAACUUGAAUCACGGUUUGAUGAUGGUUGGACCAAGUGGUUCAGGUAAAAGCACAGCAUGGAGAGUGCUACUCAAAGCUCUAGAGCGCUAUGAAGGCUUAGAAGGAGUUGCACAUGUUAUUGACCCCAAAGCUAUUAGCAAAGAAGCCUUAUAUGGUGUACUAGAUCCGAAUACUAGAGAAUGGACUGACGGCCUUUUCACCCACAUACUGAGGAAAAUUAUCGAUAACGUCCGAGGUGAAAUCAACAAACGUCAGUGGAUUAUUUUUGACGGCGAUGUAGAUCCUGAAUGGGUUGAAAACUUGAACUCCGUCUUGGAUGACAACAAACUCUUAACCCUUCCUAAUGGAGAGCGUCUUUCACUACCUCCAAACGUCAGAGUUAUGUUUGAGGUUCAAGAUUUGAAGUAUGCAACUUUGGCGACUGUUUCAAGAUGUGGUAUGGUUUGGUUUUCUGAUGAUGUCCUAUCCACGGAAAUGAUUUUCGAGCACUACCUUUUGCGAUUGAGGAAUAUACCUUUAGAGGAAGGAGAAGAAGAUAGUUUCAACAAAUUGGCAGAGAGCAAGGAUGACAUCUUGUCCCCUACAUUGCAGGUCCAAAUUGACGUUGCAAACCUCUUACAACCAUAUCUUACACCAGACGGAUUGGUGGUUCGUUGUUUAGAAUAUGCAAUGGAACAAGAGCAUAUAAUGGAUUUCACAAGAAUGAGAGCUCUCAGUUCACUAUUUUCAAUGUUGAAUCAGGCUGUAAGGAAUAUUCUACAUUACAAUCACACUCAUCCCGAUUUUCCAUUGUCAAGUGAUGCCCUUGAAAAAUACAUUCCAAAAUGUCUGGUAUAUGGCAUCUUAUGGAGUUUUGCUGGUGAUGCCAAGCUGAAAGUUAGAUCAGAACUGGGAGAUUUUAUUAGAUCGAUCACUACAAUUCCACUUCCACCUGACAACAAUAUGCCCAUUAUUGAUUAUGAAGUGACUUUGGAAGGUGAAUGGUCUCCAUGGUCUAACAAAGUGCCUCAGAUUGAAGUGGAAACUCACAAAGUUGCUUCUCCCGAUAUUGUUGUGCCUACUCUGGAUACAGUUAGGCACGAGUCUUUGUUGUACACUUGGCUAGCUGAGCACAAACCUCUAGUUUUAUGCGGUCCUCCAGGCUCUGGUAAAACUAUGACGCUGUUCUCCGCAUUGCGCGCUCUACCAGAUAUGGAAGUGGUAGGUCUCAACUUUUCGUCGGCUACGACUCCGGAACUUCUACUUAAAACUUUCGACCAUUACUGUGAAUACAGAAAGACGCCAAACGGAGUUAUUCUAGCUCCUAUCCAACUUGGCAAAUGGCUUGUCCUGUUCUGUGAUGAGAUAAACUUACCAGAUAUGGACACCUAUGGUACUCAAAGAGUGAUCAUGUUCUUGAGACAGAUUGUGGAACAGAAGGGAUUCUAUAGAGCCUCGGAUCAGACCUGGGUCUCUCUUGAAAGAAUACAGUUUGUGGGAGCUUGUAAUCCACCUACAGAUCCUGGACGAAAACCUUUAUCUCACAGAUUCCUCCGACAUGUCCCUGUUAUAUAUGUUGAUUACCCAGGAGAAACAUCUCUGAAACAAAUCUAUGGUACAUUCACCAGAGCAAUGUUGAGGCUUACUCCUGGUCUAAAGGGGUAUGCUGAACCACUUACAAAUGCUAUGGUAGAAUUCUACUUAGCCUCUCAAGAUAGAUUCACUCAAGAUAUGCAACCGCACUAUGUAUACUCACCUAGAGAAAUGACUCGAUGGGUCAGAGGUAUUUGUGAAGCAAUAAGACCUCUUGAUACCUUAUCUGUGGAAGGUCUGGUACGCUUGUGGGCUCAUGAAGCUCUCAGGCUUUUCCAGGAUCGUCUUGUAGAAGAUUCGGAACGCCGAUGGACCAAUGAAAACAUAGAUGCAGUUGCUUUGAAACAUUUUCCAUCCGCUAACUGUGAAAAGGCAUUGGAGAGACCUAUUUUGUACAGUAAUUGGUUGUCAAAGGAUUAUAUGCCUGUGGAGAGAGAGCAGUUGAGGGAAUAUGUUAAAGCCAGAUUGAAGGUGUUCUAUGAAGAGGAGCUGGACGUUCCACUAGUCCUAUUUGACGAAGUCCUCGAUCAUGUGCUCCGUAUUGAUAGAAUCUUCAGACAACCCCAAGGCCACUUGCUCCUGAUCGGUGUUUCAGGAGCUGGAAAAACGACGCUUUCUAGAUUUGUUGCAUGGAUGAAUGGACUCUCAAUUUUCCAGAUUAAAGUUCAUAAUAAAUACACUGCUGAAGAUUUCGAUGAAGACCUAAGACAGGUAUUGAGGAGAAGCGGAUGUAAAGAUGAGAAAAUUUGCUUCAUUUUGGACGAGUCGAAUAUGCUGGAUUCUAGCUUUUUGGAAAGGAUGAAUACUCUGUUAGCUAAUGGUGAGGUGCCUGGUCUUUUCGAAGGAGAUGAGUACACAACAUUGAUGACACAAUGUAAGGAAGGUGCCCAACGUGAGGGAUUGAUGCUGGAUUCAAACGAUGAACUUUACAAGUGGUUCACUCAACAAGUUAUGAGGAAUCUUCAUGUUGUAUUUACAAUGAAUCCGUCAACAGAUGGUUUGAAAGAUAGAGCUGCAACUUCACCGGCACUGUUCAAUAGGUGUGUGCUGAACUGGUUUGGAGAUUGGUCGGAUGGUGCAUUGUUCCAAGUUGGAAAAGAGUUUACCAAUCGUCUGGAUCUCGAAAAACCAAACUGGAAAUGUCCAGACUUCUUCCCAGCUGCGUGUACUUUAAUACCACCAACGCCAAAUCACAGGGAAGCUGUUAUAAACUCUUGUGUUUAUGUCCACCAAACUUUGCACAAGGCUAAUGGCAGAUUGGCUAAGAGAGGUGGUAGAACUAUGGCUAUCACUCCUAGGCAUUACUUGGACUUCAUCCAUCAUUUUGUCAAGUUGUACAAUGAAAAACGAUCUGAUUUGGAGGAACAACAGCUGCAUCUUAACGUUGGUUUAAGCAAAAUCGCCGAAACUGUGGAACAGGUUGAAGAGAUGCAAAAGAGCUUGGCAGUCAAAUCUCAAGAAUUACAAGCUAAGAAUGAAGCGGCUAAUGCAAAACUCAAACAGAUGGUGAAAGAUCAACAGGAAGCAGAGAAAAAGAAGGUUCAAAGUCAAGAGAUCCAGCAACAGUUGGCUGAACAAACUGUUCAUAUUGAACAAAAACGGUCUGAAGUUAUGGCAGACUUGGAGCAGGUUGAACCUGCGGUUAUUGAAGCACAAAACGCUGUAAAAUCGAUCAAGAAACAGCAGUUAGUGGAAAUUAGGACUAUGGCGAAUCCACCAGCUAUUGUAAAAUUGGCCUUAGAGUCGAUUUGCCUACUUCUUGGUGAAAACGCUAGUGAUUGGAAGUCUAUCAGAGCUGUGAUUAUGCGAGACAACUUCAUCAAUACUGUUGUUAAUAACUUCAAUACAGAAGACAUCAGUGAUGAUGUGAGAGAAAAGAUGAAGAGUAAGUACCUCUCUAACCCAGACUAUAACUUUGAAAAAGUUAAUCAUGCAAGUAAUGCAUGUGGCCCUCUUGUCAAAUGGGCUAUGGCUCAGAUUCAGUAUGCUGAUAUGCUGAAGAAAGUUGAGCCAUUGAGAGAAGAACUGAAUUCUCUCGAAAAACAAGCGGAAACCAACAAAAAACGCGGCGAGGAAGUCAAGAAUCUUAUCAGUCAAUUAGAACAAAGCAUAGCAAGUUACAAGGAGGAAUAUGCACAGCUGAUUGCCCAAGCUCAAGCUAUUAAAACAGACUUGGAAAAUGUACAAGCUAAAGUGGAUAGAUCUAUUGCUUUACUAAAGAGUUUGGUUAUUGAAAGAGAGAGGUGGGAGGCUACCAGCGAGACAUUUAGAUCACAGAUGUCAACCAUCAUUGGAGACGUACUACUGUCAGCAGCAUUCAUAGCUUAUGGUGGCUAUUUCGAUCAGCAUUAUCGGCAAAAUCUCUUCACCACAUGGUGCCAACACCUCACACAGGCUGCUAUUCAGUACCGUGCGGACAUUGCUAGAACUGAGUACCUGUCAAACCCUGAUGAAAGAUUGAGAUGGCAAGCGAAUGCUCUUCCUUCCGAUGAACUUUGUACCGAGAAUGCUAUCAUGUUGAAGAGAUUUAACAGAUACCCCUUGAUUAUUGAUCCUUCUGGUCAGGCUACAGAAUUCAUUAUGAAUGAAUUCAAAGAUAAAAAAAUCACCAAAACAUCAUUCUUAGAUGACUCAUUUAGGAAAAAUCUGGAAUCGGCUCUUAGGUUUGGAAAUCCUUUACUGGUACAAGACGUUGAAAAUUAUGAUGCAAUCCUGAAUCCCGUACUUAAUAGGGAACUAAGAAGGACUGGUGGAAGAGUAUUGAUCACUUUGGGAGACCAGGACAUCGACUUGUCCCCAUCAUUCGUCAUAUUUUUGUCCACAAGAGACCCCACCGUGGAAUUCCCUCCCGACAUUUGCUCCAGAGUCACCUUUGUCAACUUCACGGUAACUAGGAGCUCUCUGCAAAGUCAAUGCUUGAAUCAAGUCUUGAAGGCCGAAAGACCUGAUAUUGAUGCGAAGAGAUCAGAUCUAUUGAAGUUGCAAGGAGAGUUCCACUUGAGAUUGAGGCAGCUAGAAAAGUCGCUUUUGCAAGCAUUGAAUGAUGCUAAAGGUAAAAUUCUGGACGACGAUAGUGUAAUAACAACUCUGGAAACUCUGAAACGCGAAGCUGCUGAAAUUGGUCAAAAGGUUGAAGAGACUGAUAAGGUUAUUUCAGAGAUUGAAACUGUGUCCCAACAGUACCUACCACUAUCUCAGGCUUGCAGUAACACAUAUUUCACCAUGGAUAGCUUAAACCAAAUCCAUUUCUUGUAUCAGUAUUCACUGAAAAUGUUUUUGGAUAUGUUUAACAGCGUUCUACACAACAAUCCAAAACUGGAAGGAGUAUCAGACUACCAAGCAAGAUUAAACGUCAUAACAUCCGACCUGUUCUCCGUUACAUACGAGCGCGUGGCUAGAGGAAUGCUGCACAAUGACAGACUGACUUUCGCUAUCUUGUUAUGCCGAAUUUAUCUGAAAGGAGUAUCUUCGGAGCCGAAUUUGGAUCAAGAAUUUAAUUUCUUCUUGCGAGGAAAAGAAGGAGUUUUUGGUGGAAAUAACGCUGCAUCUAAUCGUAUCGGUGCGGAUGGUUUGAAUAACGAACAAAAGGAAGCAAUGGCAAGGCUUGCUGCUCGAUUACCAGCAUUUAGGAAACUUCCAGAGAAAGUAGCUGAAAUGCCUGAGUUUAGUGCCUGGUUACAGCAGAGUGCCCCUGAACAGGCUGUACCUCAGUUGUGGAGUGAAGAAAAGGCUCUCAGUCCAAUUGGCACUGCUAUGUACCGUUUGCUGGCAAUCCAAGCAUUCCGACCAGACAGAGUGAUUGCCGCAGCCCAACUUUUUGUAGCAGCAGUUCUGGGGCCAGAUUUCAUGUACCAAGCCGAAAAGGAACUGGACUUGGCACAGUGCAUCGAAAAAGAAAUUGCGGCUAAUACUCCUGCUCUGCUGUGUUCCGUACCUGGAUUCGAUGCCAGUGGAAGAGUUGAUGAUCUAGCAGCAGAAUUGAACAAGCAGAUAUCCAGCAUUGCAAUAGGGUCUGCAGAAGGGUUCAAUCAGGCGGAUAGGGCUAUCAAUAUGGCCUGCAAGACGGGCAGAUGGGUGAUGUUGAAGAACGUGCAUUUGGCUCCUCAGUGGCUGGUUCAACUCGAAAAGAAACUACAUUCUCUACAACCUCACUCCAACUUUAGACUGUUCCUUACGAUGGAGAUAAACCCGAAACUUCCUGUCAAUUUAUUGAGAGCAGGAAGAAUAUUUGUAUUUGAACCCCCACCAGGCAUCAGGGCUAAUCUGCUGAGAACAUUUAGCACAGUACCAGCAAGUAGAAUGAUGAGACCUCCAAAUGAAAGGGCUCGUCUAUACUUCCUUUUAGCAUGGUUCCAUGCCAUUGUACAAGAAAGAUUGAGAUAUUGUCCACUAGGAUGGGCUAAACACUAUGAGUUUAGCGAAUCAGAUCUGAGAGUUGCAUGUGAUACUUUAGAUACAUGGAUAGAUACUACAGCAAUGGGUCGUACGAAUUUGCCUCCCGAGAAAGUUCCUUGGGAUGCUUUGGUCACUCUGCUAUCUCAAUCAAUCUAUGGUGGCAAAAUAGAUAAUGAUUUCGACCAAAGACUUCUACAUUCCUUCUUGAAAAAACUGUUUACACCUAAGAGCUUUGAAGGUGACUUUGCUUUGGUGGCAAAUAUCGACAAUGGACCGGGAGGAAAUAGGCAUAUCACAAUGCCUGAUGGCACAAGAAGAGAUCAUUUCCUUAAAUGGAUCGAAAGUUUGGCAGAUAGACAGACUCCAGCUUGGCUAGGUCUUCCAAAUAAUGCUGAAAAGGUGUUGCUGACUACCAGAGGAACAGACUUAGUCGGUAAAUUACUUAAGAUGCAACAGCUUGAAGACGAUGAUGAGUUGGCAUAUUCCACGGACGACACUUCGCCAACUGAUAUAGGACAAGUAGAUGGUAGACCAUCAUGGAUGAAAACUUUGCACAACAGUGCUCAAGCCUGGGUUAAUUUGUUGCCAACCAAUUUACCGACGUUGAAACGCACUGUGGAAAAUAUUAAAGAUCCGCUGUAUAGGUAUUUCGAGAGAGAGGUGAAUUCUGCUGCAAAACUGUUGAACGAUGUUCUGCAUGAUUUGAAUGAUGUUCUGCUCAUAUGCCAGGGCGAGAAAAAGCAGACCAACUACCACAGAACCAUGCUAGGCGAAUUAGUAAGAGGCAUCAUACCAGUAAAUUGGCAUCGAUAUACCAUACCGAAAGGAUGUACCGUGAUCCAAUGGAUUACAGAUUUCAGUCAACGGGUUAAACAACUUCAAAAGUUGUCUCAGCUGGUAUCUUCAUCUGGUGCCAAGGAACUUCAGUCGUUCCCUGUUUGGCUUGGUGGCCUCCUAAAUCCUGAAGCUUAUAUCACUGCAACCAGGCAAUGCGUUGCACAGGCAAAUAGCUGGCCUUUAGAAGAGUUGCAUCUAGAUGUCUCCAUUAGUGAUUCAACAGACAUUUCUGCUAUACCAUCAGAUUGCUUCGCAGUGACUGGCAUCAAGCUUCAAGGAGCACAGUGCCGUAGCAACCAGUUAGUCUUAACUUCAAGCAUAAUGGUUGAACUACCAAUCACUUUGCUGCGAUGGAUACGCUGCACCAAUGAAAACCAGUACAAGGAAGGAAAGCUGUCAUUGCCCCUGUACUUGAAUUCUACUAGGACUGAGCUGCUUUACACUGUCGAUUUGAACAUUGCUUCUGGGCAAGACGCUCACAGCUUUUAUGAGAGAGGUGUGGCUUUGCUUACUUCCACUGCUUUGAAUUAGAAAGUAAGUGCAAUUGCUUUAAACUAGAGAGAAAUUUAGUAGCAUAUAAUGUUAGUUAUGUUUAAUCUCAUAUGUACUACCAUACUAGAAUAUAUAAAAGAACAGACAGCACUAAUAAAUUGUAUUUUCAAUACUGUGAUUGGUAGAUAUUAGCCGAUAUACAGCUGAAAUUCACAACUUCUUGAAAUUCUUUGUUGUUGCUUUUUGCCUUUUGAUCUAGAGAUGUCAAAAUUAAUUAUGGGAAAUACUUGAAAAUUCAUUUAUUUAUCCAGGAUAAAAACAAACGUAGUUUUGGAUUAUAUUUGAACAAAAUUAUUGCUUCACAACUUUCCAUUCAAUAAGUACCUACUGUUUACGUUUAACUUUGACUUGUGUUGUAUGUUUAUCAUAUAAUACCCAUUUUAACACGAUUUAUGCUGAAGUCUACAGAUUAAUAAGUAAGCAUAGAUGUUAGAAUACACUUCACCCUAAUAAUACGUAACUAAAUAGUACACUGGUGCUUGUUGACUAUGAUAAUUAGAAUUAUAUAUGAUCGAUUACAAAGUCUCCAGUAUAAUAUAUUGUGCGAAUAACAUUUAUGUUACGACACCAUUCAAUGCUUGCAUUUGCAACGGAAUUUUAUGAAGAGUGUACUUGCAGCUCACAGCUAAAGUAUUAUACAUAUAGGACGUCAUUCAUACAUUUCAAACAAGAUGCAAGUAUUCUCUCGUAUCGAUAAAUUAUAAAAAUAAUUCUUUAUCAGAUUAUAUAUACUGUCUGUUGCUUUAUGUUUUCUCAGUAUUAAAAUGUGUUUUUGUCGAUCAGAUAGAUAUCUAUACUGCUUAACGUUUAUUGGAGAUAUUCAAAAUAUCGUUAAAUUUUUACUAUAUUAUAUGUAUUUAUUAAUUUAUUGUACUACUUCACAAAUAAAUGUAUUUUAUCUUGUCCACUCGUUUAUUCCAAAACUGUAAUAAACUAAUGUGAUCACUACAAACUUCUUUCAUAAACUAAUAUGAAGUUGCUAUCACACCAUCUCUUCAUUAUUG